UGAACCCUUCCCACUCUUCCCUUCCCCUCAGAUCUCCCCGCAGCCAUUGGGCCAGCUAUCACAAUGAUAUCUCGAGCGGCGGCUCCCUCGCCUUCCUCCCUCGCCAACCUUUCCUCCCGCUCCCUCCGAGCCCAGGGCCAGGCUGCCCGCACCUUCGCGACCGUCCAGGACAACGCUCCCCCAGUACGGCAUUAUGGCGGUCUGCAGGACCAGGACCGGAUUUUCACAAACCUUUACGGACACCAUGGUCCCGAUCUGAAGUCAGCAAUGAAGUACGGUGAUUGGCAUAGGACCAAGGACAUUGUUCUCAAGGGUCAUGACUGGCUUAUCUCGGAACUCAAAGCUUCUGGUCUGCGUGGUCGUGGUGGUGCCGGUUUCCCCUCGGGAUUGAAAUAUUCUUUCAUGAACUUCAAGGACUGGGAUAAGGAUCCCAGACCCCGUUAUCUGGUCAUCAACGCCGAUGAGGGUGAGCCCGGAACCUGCAAGGACCGUGAGAUCAUGCGCAAGGACCCCCAGAAGCUCAUUGAGGGCUGUCUCGUCGUCGGUCGGGCGAUGAACGCCAACGCUGCCUACAUCUACAUCCGUGGCGAGUUCUACUACGAAGCUACUGUCCUCCAGCGGGCCAUCAACGAGGCCUACGAGGCUGGUCUGAUCGGCAAGAACGCCUGCGGAACCGGCUACGACUUCGACGUCUACAUUCACCGUGGCAUGGGUGCUUAUGUCUGUGGUGAGGAAACCUCCCUGAUCGAGUCCAUCGAGGGUAAGGCCGGCAAGCCUCGUCUGAAGCCCCCAUUCCCGGCUGCUGUGGGUCUGUUCGGCUGCCCCAGUACCGUCACCAACGUUGAGACCGUCGCCGUGACCCCCACUAUCAUGCGUCGUGGUGCCAACUGGUUCUCCUCAUUCGGUCGUGAGCGUAACGCCGGUACCAAGCUGUUCUGUAUUUCUGGCCACGUCAACAACCCCGUCACCGUCGAGGAGGAGAUGUCCAUCCCUCUUCGUGAGCUGAUCGACCGUCACUGCGGUGGCGUCCGCGGUGGCUGGGACAACCUCCUCGCUGUCAUUCCCGGUGGUUCCUCGACCCCCGUCAUCCCCAAGUCUGUCUGCGAUGAUCAGCUCAUGGACUUCGAUGCUCUCAAGGACAACCAGACCGGUCUCGGUACCGCCGCCGUGAUCGUCAUGGACAAGUCCACCGACAUUGUCCGCGCUAUUUCGCGUCUGUCUAGCUUCUACAGGCACGAGAGUUGCGGUCAGUGCACCCCUUGCCGUGAGGGAAGCAAGUGGACUCAGCAGGUGAUGCAGCGUAUGGGGACCGGCCAGGCCCGUGAGCGUGAAAUCGACAUGCUCCAGGAGCUGACCAAGCAGGUCGAGGGCCACACCAUUUGCGCUCUGGGUGAGGCUUUCGCUUGGCCCAUCCAGGGUCUUAUCCGUCAUUUCCGCCCCGAACUCGAGGCUAGAAUCAAGGAGCAUGCUCAGGAGCUCGGACAGGCCCCUUAUGCCGGUGGCUGGCACCCUAACAGCAGGGCCGAGGGCAAGCUGAUUUCCCCGGGCAUGUAAACUAUCAUUCCGCUUUUUGUAGACUGAUGGUAGGAUGAAUGGUGGAAAAAUAAUCAAACCUGUUUCUCUAGAUAAAGAUGUUCGAGCAGGAGUAUUCUCUUUUUUUCAUGUUCAGUUUAGGAUUUCCAAUCAUGUACAGUUCCCGCUAGCAAUCAUACUAUUUCUUUUGUUAAACAUCUGAGGUGCACACAAAACUCGAUCUACAAGCAUGAACUUAUGCAGAAUAAAUCUCAAGAUACCUCGCAAUACAAUCCACGAUAAUCUCCAUCGUACUGGAGAACCACUAAGAGAGUCAUCAUUGCUCCGUAACUUCAUCCAUCAAAAACAGGCAAAUU